AUGACAGCAGCUGAAUCAGCUCAGCAUGUUCGUGGAGUUGUUUUACUAAAUUCAGCUGGACAAUUUGAAAAUCCAAGUGAACAGCCCAAGAACAAUGAAGAAGAGACGGUGUUACAGAAGUUUGUGUUCAACACACUGAAGGAAUUCAUCCAAAGAAUAAUCUUGGGGUUCCUAUUCUGGCAAGCAAAGCAACCUGCUCGUGUUGAAAAAGUCCUGAAAAGUGUGUAUAUAAAUGCCUCCAACGUGGACAAUUAUCUUGUGGAAUCGAUAACUAAGCCGGCGGAGGAUCCAAAUGCUGGAGAAGUUUAUUACAGAUUGAUGACGAGAUUUAUGUCAAACCAAAGCAAGUACACGCUCAACAGCGUCCUUAGCAAACUCUCAUGCCCAUUGUUGCUGAUAUGGGGUGACUUAGACCCUUGGGUUGGGCCUGCCAAGGCAGCUAGAAUCAAAGAGUUCUAUCCAAACACCACCGUCGUCAAUUUGCAGGCAGGGCAUUGUCCGCAUGAUGAAGUCCCUGAGCUCGUGAAUGAAGCUCUACUCAAUUGGCUAUCCUCGUUAUAACUUGAAGUCAUCAACCAAGCAUUGUGAAUUAAUUGUCGAAUACAUUCUUUGUUGGGGUAAAAACUCAACAAUAUAGGUUACAUCUAAUUUAGUCAAUAAAAUGAGAAGCAAUAGGGAUUAGAAGUUAUCCGGAAUCAUGUUUGAUGCAGUGAUUUGAUCCGAUCGUGUUGUGUUGUUUUUUAUUUUCUUUUACAUCUCGUCGAGAAAAUUGGUGCGGUGAGCAUGGACGUGUAGGCAUUCUUGUUUUUCUUUUAUUGAUGAGCUUUACGUUGUCUUUAA